AUGGCUAUGAAACUUAUUGCUGAAUAUUACCACUUUUUAUCAAAACAUAUUAUAUUAAAAUAUGGAAAUCCUGGUAAAGGAAAUACAUCCUAUAUGUCCUUUUUUACUUAUGAACAAUUUAUUAAAAUUAUGGCUGAGAAAGUAAUAAGUACCAUAGUAGAAGAAUUAGAAUCUUCAACGUAUUAUUCAAUUAGCAUUGAUUCAACACCUGAUAUAUCAAAUAUUGACCAGUUGUCAUUAAUUGUCGUAAGAUAUGUAAAUAGUGUUGGAGAACCUGUUGAACAUUUUUUGGGAUUCAUAGAAAAUAUUGGACACAAAGUUGAACCAAUAGCAGAAACUAUUUUUUCUACAUUAAAUAAGCAUAAUAUUGAUAUUAAAUUUCUUAGAGGGCAAUCUUAUGAUAAUACCGCCAAUAUGUCCAGUGCCUACUCAGGGGUUCAGGCUCGAAUUAAGUUAAUAGCAUCAUUUGCUGAUUUUGUUCUAUGUUCUGCCCAUUCCCUAAACCUUAUUGAAUCAUGUGCAGCCAGCUGUUGUAGAGCUAGUUGA